AUGGUUUCUCAUUCAGAUGCUUCAGCCUCUGCAGAUACUCCCUUCUCCUUUCCUUCUCCCAUCGUGACCCCAACCUCCUUAUCCGACGCCAUAGUUGGGCCGCUUCGCAAGGGGCUGGGAGGGGUGCACAGCAAGAUGGAGUAUGCCGUCCAGUCGCAGCUAGGGCGGUGCGUUUCGGACCGAUGCAAGCUUGUGGUGCGCCUCGGGAAAUUGCUCUUCGCGCGUCCGUCUGGAUCACGGGGGGACUUCCUGCCCAGCCUGCCACCCUUCACAGCGGGCGCAUUGGAGUCGAGCCUCAGUAACCUGCCAGGCUGCUCACCGCACUUGCCGAAAAAGGCCCAGCGGUCGCUGGAAACAGGCAUGCCGGAGUCGCUAUUCCAGGCCAUGGAGAGCAUGGUUCUGUGGAGGGUUGGCGCGAGCGAAUGCAUGAGAGAGACCUACCAUAUACGGGUUAUAGACACAAAACCGAAGGAGUCAGAGUAUAGGCUGAUAUGCAAGCCUAAUCCGGAUGGCUCAGGGGUUAUCCUCGUAAAGGUGAAGCUCAAUCCUGUGCGCUAUGCAGUCAUUGACGUGGCUCGCCCCUCCAAGGAGAUUGACUUCCGCCUCAUGCUUUCCACAGAGAUCCGCAUUGGCUCGCUUGACGAGGCCAUUCAAUCUGCGUUUGAGCGCAUAGCAUCGACAGCAGUCAUUGAGGAGAACUCAAAGGGCGGAUUGCACUGGCCUAUCGUCCAAGACUUCCACGUCGGCAUGACGGAAGCGCCAUCACACCGCUUCAGAGUGACGAGCGUGCGGCAUCAGAGGCGGCUGCGUGUUCAUUCAGGCGGGCAGGUGUGGAAGCUGUCGCGAGUGAACGGGGUGGAUUAUGACCAUGGGGGAGGGCGCCUCACGAACGAAGCAGAGUUCUGCCUGGCGGCGUGGCGGGACGUCAUGAAGGCAAAGCAGGAGGCAAGUGACAGCACAGCCACGUCUCCUCCUUCAUCCCUACCCAGCAAGCCACCACCUACAAGCUACUCAGCAGCAUCUUGCUUUGACUCGAGCUUGCAGCAUGCAGCACCUCAGUCGCUCCUCCCCAGCCUGCCGUCCUUCAUAGCGGGCGAGUUGGAGUCGACUCUAAACAGGCGAGCGCAGCGCCUGCCAACCAGAGUGCACCGGUCGCUGGAAACAGGCAUGCUAGAGUCGCUAUUCCCCUUCUCCUCCUCCCCUGCUCUCCAGGUCGCUGCUUCCCAGCCUGCCGCCGUUCACAGCAAGCGCGUUGGAGUCGACUCUAAACAGGCAAGCGCAGCGCCUGCCAACCAGGGUGCACCAAUCUUCCCCAUCUCCUCCUCCCCUGCUCCUGACAUCCCCUCAUAUGAGCCUCUCUGCACCUCUUUUCACCCCUCUCAGCUCGCUCCUCCCAAGUCUACUGCCCUUUACAGCAGGCGCGUUGGAGUCGCUGCUUCCCAGCCUGCCGCCCUUCACAGCGGGAGCAUUAGAGUCGACUCUAAACAGGCGCGCGCAGCGCCUGCCAACCAGGGUGUUUGCUGGGAGACUGGCGUGCCACUGCCGCUUAUCCCCUUCUCCUCCUUCCCUGCUCUCCAGGUUCCCUUGUCACUGCUUCCUAGCCUGUCGCCCUUCACAGCGGGAGCAUUAGAGUCGACUCUAAACAGGCGCGCGCAGCGCCUGCCAACCAGGGUGUUCGCUGGGAGACUGGCAUGCCAGUGCCGCUUAUCCCCUUCUCCUCCUUCCCUUCUCUCCAGGUCGCUGCUUCCUAGCCUGUCGCCCUUCACAGCGGGAGCAUUAGAGUCGACUCUGAACAGGCGCGCGCAGCGCCUGCCAACCAGGGUGCAUCGGUCGCUGGAAACAGGCAUGCCAGAGCCGCUGUUCCAAGCCGUGGAAAGCAUUGUGAUGGCGGGGGACGGGGUCAGCUCAUGCAUGAGAGAGACGUACCACAUUCGGGUACAAGACACAGAGCAGGUUGACACGGAGUACAAGCUGAUAUGCAAGCCUGAUUCGGAUGGCUCAGGGGUUAUCCUCGUUAAGGUGAAGCACAACCCGCUGCGCUAUGCAGUCAUUGACGUCUCUCGCCCUUCCAGGGCCAUUGACUUCCGCCUCAUGCUCUCCACUGACACGCGCCUCUGUGCUCUCGAUGAUGCCACCCGGUCUGCCUGUGAGCGCAUAGCAUCAACAGCAAUCAUUGAGGAGAGCACCAAGGGUGGGCUACACUGGCCCAUCACCCUCGACUUUGACGUUGGCAUGAAGGACCCGUGCUCACCAUCCCACGCAGCAGCAGCAGCAGCAGCAGCAGCAGCAGCAGCAGCAGCAGCAGCAGCAGCAGCGCCGGCACACCGGUUCAGAGUGAAGAGUGUGCGGCAUCAGAAGCGGCUCAAGGUGUUUGGGGGCGGGCAGGUGUGGAAGCUGUCGCGAGUGAACGGGGUGGAGUAUGACCAUGGGGGAGGACGGCUUACUAAUGAAGCAGAGUUCUGCCUGCUGGCCUGGCGAGACGUCAUGAAGGUUAGUAAGCAGUUGGUGCGAUUCCGAGCGUGCGUGCGCACGUGUGCAUGUAUUCGUGCGUUUGUGUGCUCAUGGUGCCUCACCAACGAAGCAGAGUUCUGUCUGCUGGCCUGGCGGGACACCAUGAAGGUUAGUGAGGCAAAACAUGAGGGAAGUGACUGCUCUGCUGUUCCUUCUUUUUCUUCCCUACCCAGCGAGCCUCCUCCAAAAGUCUACUCAGCAGCAUCUUGCUUUGACUCAAGCUUGCAGCAGGCAGCACCACAGUGGACUCCAAAUAGCAUUCUUGCUGAUUGCCCCGCCCUCAUUCACUGGCUACAGGAGCACCUGCCUUAG